GGCGAAGCGAAGAGCAGAGAAGCAAGGCCGAAAUCUGAAAGCGGGUGCAUCCUUCUCGUGUCGACCUCUCUGCCGACCCAGCACCCAAGGCCAAAGGUCAAGCGGUCAAGACGCAGCCAGCCAUGUCGCCAACCGGACGGAGCAGCGCCAUGGCGCUGAAACGCGGCAGCUUGGGUGCGAGCUCAGGCUUCCACUUUGCGCAUGCACCUGCGCCACUCGCUCUGCGCCUCGCAGGCGCAGGUUUGGCAACGCGCAAGCAAGAAACGGUGGCUUUGUUCUCGCCAGGAAAACAACAGCAGCAGCAGCGCACGCUGUUCACGUCACGCUGGUUCCGUGCGAACCAGGCAGCAUCCUCGUCCUCUACUCCCAGCGGCGCCAUCAAGGAUUUGUCGACGGGGCUGAAGCACGCGCCGGAUGGAGCCGCGGCAGCACAGACGAACUUUAGCAGCGUGAGCAGCAACGGAAACGGGAAUGGGAACGGAGGCGGCUCAAGGAAGAAGAAGAAGGGCUUCUUCCGACGCGUGAGGAACGGGCUCGGCUGGACGGUCGUGCUCGGCACGGGUACGGUCGCGUAUUACAUCUACGAUACGCGCAAUCCUCCAGAGCAGCUGCCACAGGACCCGUCGAAGAAGAACAUUGUCGUGCUGGGUAGCGGCUGGGCAGCGACGUCAUUCCUGAAGAACGUGGACACGGAGCAGUACAACGUGACAGUGAUUAGUCCGCACAACUACUUUUUGUUCACGCCGCUGCUGCCGUCGGUGACGGUGGGCACACUGGACGGGCGCUCGAUCGCGCAGCCGACGCGGCACACAACGCGGUUCAAGCGGCGGAGCGUGCAGGUGAUCGAGGCCGAGGCCGAGACGGUCGACGUGGCGCGCAAGACUGUGACGUUCGAGGACAAGUCGGAGAUCAAGGGCUCGCUGGGGAAGGUGACCAUCCCAUACGACUACCUGGUGUACGGUGUCGGCAGCGAGAACCAGACAUUUGGGAUCGAGGGGGUAAAGCGACACGCGUGCUUCCUCAAGGAGCUGACUGACGCCGAGCAGAUCCGGAACCGGCUGAUGGACUGCGUCGAGUCCGCCGCGAUCGCGGGGACGAGCAAGGAGGAUAUUGACCGGCUACUGCACAUGGUCGUCGUCGGCGGCGGACCCACAGGGGUCGAGUACGCCGCGGAGCUGCGCGACUUUGUGCGGGGCGACCUGAAGAAGUGGUACCCUGAGGUGGCGGACCGGGUACGAGUGACGCUGAUCGAGGCGCUGCCGAGCAUUCUGCCUUCGUUCAGCAAGACGCUGAUCGACUACACGAUCAGCAACUUCAAGGAGCAGGAGAUUGAGUUGAAGCUCAAGCACAUGGUCAAGGACGUUGACGCAGAGCACGUGCACGUGCAGGAUCCGUCCGGGGAACGCAUCCUCAUUCCGUACGGUCUGCUCGUGUGGGCCGCGGGCAACACGGCGCGGCCCAUCACGCGGGACCUGAUGGCGCAGCUACCCGCGACGCAGACCAACCGGCGCGGGCUGACGGUGGACGAGCACAUGCGCUUGCACGGCGCCGAAGAUGCCAUCUUUGCGCUGGGCGAUGCGACAGCGACACAGUACGCGCCGACGGCGCAGGCCGCCUCGCAGCAGGGCGCGUACCUUGCGCGCGUCUUCAACCAGCUCGCCAAGGUCGACGUGCUCGAGGGGAAGAUCGAUGCGGCCAACCGAAAGCCGCUGACGGACGCCGUCCGGCAGGAGAUCCUCGCGCUGGAGAAGCAGCUCAACAGGGCUAGCAAGAUCAAGCCGUUCCACUACACUCAUCAGGGAUCGCUCGCAUACAUUGGCAAGGACAAGGCGAUUGCCGACAUUCCUGUGCUCGGCGGCGACUUUGCCUCUGGCGGCGUAGCGACUUACAUCUUCUGGCAGUCGGCGUACUGGAGUAUGCUCUUCUCGAUCCGCAACCGCGCACUCGUCGCAACCGACUGGCUGAAGGUCGCGCUUUUCGGGCGUGAUGUCUCGAGAGAGUAAAGCGCCGUCGCUCGCUCGCAUGCGGAGGUCCCGCUUGUUUUUUCUUUCGCAUUUAUAGAACACCUGUAGAGACAUGUGCGCGUUCCACCCCGCCGGGCACGACGCAAUGCAAUGCAAUGUAACGCAAUCAC